UGCAUGCGCCGGCCUGCAGGGUUAAUUCCACUCGAUCGAUCGCUCACUCACUCGAGAUAGUAUUUAAGAACCGUGCGUACGCGUGUACAGUUGAUUGCUUCAGAUUAAUUUUCACUAGUACUUAUCACACUCUCACUGUCACUGACGCUCACUGCCAAGUCAGAAAUGGAGAUCACGCGGAGUAGUAAACCGUGGAGCUUUCUGCUGUUCGUCGUCACCGCGGCGUCUCGCUUCCCGGCAACCACGGCGGGCUGGUCGAAGGGCUCCGCCACGUUCUACGGCGGCAGCGACGCCUCCGGCACCAUGGGUGGGGCGUGCGGGUACGGGAACCUGUACUGGUCGGGGUACGGGACGCGCACGGCGGCGCUGAGCUCGGCGCUGUUCAACGACGGCGCGUCGUGCGGGGAGUGCUACCAGGUGGCGUGCGACCACGAGUCGGAGGCGCGGUGGUGCCUGCCGGGGAAGUCGGUCACCGUCACGGCCACCAACUUCUGCCCGCCCAACUACGAGCUCUCCGGCGACGACGGCGGCUGGUGCAACCCGCCGCGCGCGCACUUCGACAUGGCCCAGCCCGCCUGGCUCCGCAUCGGCAUCUACAAGGGCGGCAUCGUGCCGGUGCUCUACCAAAGGGUGUCGUGCGUGAAGCAGGGAGGGGUGAGGUUCACGAUGGGGGGCUUCGAGCGCUUCCUGCUGGUGCUCAUCUCCAACGUGGCCGGGAGCGGGUCGAUCAAGGCGGUGUGGGUGAAGGGGACGGGCACGGAGAGGAUGCCGAUGAGCAGGAACUGGGGCGCACACUGGCAGUCCCCCGCCGCGCUCGUCGGCCAGGCGAUCACCUUCGGGGUCACCGACACCGCCGGCCAGACCGUCGUCUUCCAGAACGUCGUGCCGGCGUGGUGGAGGUUUGGCCAGGCCUUCACCUCCAACAUUCAGUUCUCCACUUCUGCUCAAUCGUUCUAGGUAGCACGGUCGGACAGGGAUAGCUAGCUGCAGUCUGGAGAUCGAGUUCUUUGUUGGUUUCCUGUUGUAUUGGGUUGAAUAAUUCUUCAGACUGAUCAGAAAUUCAGGAAGGAUACAAGAGUAGUCGAGUAAUGUUGAGGGAGAACCUGGAGAGGAACUGGUUUAGUCUCGGAUGUGAACAGAGAGGCUAGAAUCCAUUCAUGAAGGAGUUUGCACUCCCUUUUUUUUUUGAAAAGAACGGAGGAGUUUGUAUUCUUGCCCCAUU